CCCACCCUUCCCGCUUUGUCCUCAGUAGUGGUGGGGGCAGGCGCAGGUCUUUGAGGGGGUGUGGUGUUCUUGGCUCCGCCCCGGAAGGACGCGCCGGCCGGGCUGAAGCAGCAGCAGUCCAAGACGGGUGGUAGAGACGGUGGAGGGUUGGCUUCCCGGGCCGGGCCCGGGCCAUGGGGAAAGAGCAGGAGCUGCUGGAGGCCGCCCGUACCGGGAACCUGUCCGCAGUGGAGAAGCUACUUUCGGGCAAGCGCCUCAGCUCGGGCUUCGGCUCCGGGGGCGGCUCCGGGGGCGGUGGCGGCGGUGGAGGUGGCAGCGGCGGUGGGCACCCGCUCUCUAGUCUUCUCAGCAUAUGGAGAGGACCAAAUGUGAACUGUGUUGACAGUACUGGAUAUACUCCAUUGCACCAUGCGGCUUUGAAUGGUCACAAGGAUGUUGUGGAAGUUCUGUUGAGAAAUGAUGCGUUGACCAAUGUGGCUGACUGCAAAGGCUGUUAUCCUCUUCAUUUGGCAGCUUGGAAGGGAGAUGCCGAGAUAGUGAAACUGCUGAUACACCAGGGACCAUCUCACACUAAAGUGAAUGAGCAGAAUGCUCUUGAGAUCAAAGAACUCAAAAAGUACGGCCCCUUUGACCCCUAUAUCAAUGCCAAGAAUAACGACAAUGAGACAGCACUGCACUGUGCAGCUCAGUAUGGCCAUACAGAAGUGGUGAAGGUUCUCCUGGAGGAGUUGACUGACCCUACUAUGCGCAAUAACAAGUUUGAGACUCCUCUUGAUCUGGCUGCGCUCUAUGGGCGAUUGGAGGUUGUGAAGAUGUUGCUCAAUGCUCAUCCCAAUCUUUUAAGCUGCAACACUAAGAAACACACACCCUUACAUCUGGCAGCUAGGAAUGGCCAUAAAGCUGUAGUUCAUGUUCUCCUGGAUGCUGGCAUGGAUAACAAUUACCAGACAGAAAAAGGGAGUGCUUUGCAUGAGGCUGCUUUAUUUGGCAAAACAGAUGUAGUACAGAUACUGCUAGCUGCAGGCAUUGAUGUGAAUAUAAAAGAUAACAGAGGCCUGACUGCUUUGGAGAUUGUGAGGGAGCUUCCAUCUCAGAAAAGCCAACAAAUAGCAGCUCUCAUUGAAGAUUGCACAACAGGGAAGAAGAUGGCAAAAGCAGAAGAGAAGACACCACCAGCAUCAGCUACUUCUACUGAAACCUCAGUUCGGGUACCUCAAGGGAACGUGGAGAAAGCAGUAACAGAACUGAUAAUAGAUUUUGACGGAAAGCCAGAGGAGUGUCCGUAUGAAGUCUUGUAUAAUGCAACAUCCUGCCACUCUUUAGACAGCCUGGCCAGUGGAAGAUCUUCAGACAGAGAUUCAGUGAAUAGGGAAGCGGAGAUGACCAGUGUUAAAGUGACAGGAGUGAGGCCUAGAGAGCGUCCGCCACCUCCUGCCAAGCCUCCCCCUGAUGAAGAGGAGGAACAUGUAGAGAAGCAGAGUGUACCUUCUAAGGGUUUGGUCACCAAGAGGAAGAGUCGGGGAAGCACAGCUGAUGAAGAAGAGGAGCAUCCUUAUGAACUGCUGCUAACGGCAGAAACUAAGAAACAUGUUGCAAUGGACAAAAAAACAAAAGGUGAAUCAUCUUCAGGUGCUGCCAGCAGUGUCCAGCCACAGGUUUGGUCUCGAAAAGGUCUGUCUUCCCAAGAUAGCCAGUGGGCACUGAAUUGCCAAGCUUCUUCUGACUUUUCUUCAAGUCAUUCUAAGCAAUAUCCAAGUCCUGAAUCAAAAGACCAAAGGAGGAGCAGUGGUAGCCACAGCCAAGUAGAUGCCCAGGAUGUCCAAGUGCUGGAUCAGUUCUCAGGUCUGCUGCAUGGUUCUUCUCCGGUGUGUGAAAUAAAUGAGGACCCUUUCAGACUCAUUUCUGCUGUGGGCAAAGGAAGUACAGAGGGGACUGCUAUGCAGCUGGAAGAUGGUGAGGAAUCUGGAUCAGUACAGACUAGCACUGCAAACCAGAAUAAAGUGGUCUAUUCAACCAUCCACCAUACGAGUGACAACAAGUUGGACCCUGAAACUUUAGCACAUCCUCACUUGCCACAGCACCCUGGUGGUGUUGAGGAAGGAGACAAGAGCAGUGUUGUGGGCAGAGUUCACUCAGGAGGCAAGCCCAGAGCAGAACUCAAACUUAGUCGUAGCUUGUCAAAAUCAGACUCUGACCUUUUGACCACCUCACCAACAGAGGACGAUACUAUGGGGAGCAGAAGUGAAUCACUUUCCAACUGUAGUGCUGGAAAGAAAAGGCUGGAGAAAUCACCUUCGUUUGCUUCAGAGUGGGAUGAGCAGUUUCAGCAGCAGGUGCCUGAUGCCUCCGAAGUUCAGUCUUUCGCCAAUAUUGAAAAAAUCAUGAGCUCCAUUGGUGAAGGCAUUGACUUUUCUCAGGAACAGCAGAGGAUUUCAGGUUCACGGAUGCUGGAGCAGAGUGUUGGGGAGUGGCUGGAGACCAUCGGUUUACAGCAGUACGAGAGUAAACUGCUUCUCAAUGGCUUUGACGAUGUCCGCUUCCUGGGCAGCAAUGUCAUGGAAGAUCAGGACCUUCGAGAGAUUGGUAUUAGCGACCCACCGCAUCGCAGAAAACUUCUUCAGGCAGCACGUUCUCUUCCUAAGGUGAAAUCCCUGGGCUGUGAUGGGACUCAGCCUUCUGUUCCUGCCUGGCUCGACUCUCUGGGGCUGCAGGAUUACAUUCAAUCAUUUCUGUCAAGUGGUUAUAGCUCUAUAGAUUCUGUGAAAAACCUCUGGGAACUAGAACUAGUAAAUGUGCUCAAGGUAAAUCUUCUUGGCCAUCGUAAGCGGAUAAUAGCCUCUCUGGCAGACAGACCAUAUGAGGAGCCCCCACAGAAACCACCACGGUUCUCUCAGCUAAGAUGCCAGGAUUUGAUAUCCCAGACAUCCUCACCCCUAAGCCAGAGUGACUCUUGCACAGGGAGGUCUGCAGAUCUCCUGCUGCCUUUGGGAGAACCUGGAAAGAAGAGACACGAGAGCAGCCAUGAUAUGGCAUCAUACCCCAGAACUGAGAGACUCAAGGCACAGGAGGAACGUCAUGAAUCCAAACUUACACUCAGACCACCUAGUCUGGCUGCUGCUUAUGCCCCUGUCCAACACUGGCAGCAUCAACCAGAGAAACUUAUCUUUGAGUCCUGUGGGUAUGAAGCUAACUAUUUAGGCUCCAUGUUAAUCAAAGAUCUUCGAGGGACAGAAUCUACACAAGAUGCCUGUGCAAAAAUGAGGAAAUCUACAGAGCAUAUGAAGAAGAUCCCAACUAUAGUAUUAUCUAUCACUUACAAAGGAGUGAAGUUCAUUGAUGCAUCUAACAAGAAUGUUAUUGCUGAGCAUGAAAUCCGGAACAUCUCUUGUGCUGCACAGGACCCAGAAGAUCUCUGUACAUUUGCCUAUAUCACUAAGGACUUGCAGACUAGCCACCACUACUGCCAUGUCUUCAGUACCGUUGAUGUAAAUCUAACAUAUGAAAUCAUUUUGACAUUGGGACAAGCAUUUGAAGUAGCCUACCAACUGGCCCUCCAAGCCCAAAAACCAAAACAUCCAGGUGCUUUGCCAGCUGAAACGAUAGAAACAAAAUCUUCAAAACCGGUGCCUAAACCUCGAGCCAGCAUGAGGAAAUCAGCUGUGCCGCUCCCUCCUGAUAGUCGCUGUUGUUACUGUCACACCUGUACUACACACCGUCCCUCCUAUCUGCCGCUGCAAUCUGUUAGUCAAGGAGCUAAGCUUGAGCCAUCUGAAGUGGACCAAGACUCCCAGUCCCAUGCUAGUGUGUCCUGGGUUGUAGAGCCCAAGCAGGAUUCCAAGAGGACCCUCAGCACUAAGUAUGAGACUACAAUCUUCUGAAAACAAAUCCUGCAUCCAUCCAGUCUAACCUGUGCCUUUGCAUUCUGACCUGUCUGCUGUUCUACAUCCCUCCUCCUUCCCAUUGCUGGCACUAGAUGUGGCACCAUCAGAGACAGCAGCACUAAGAUACCAUAGACUAAACAGUUUUUUGUAUCUGAUCUCUACUGAACACUGUGAAUUCUCCUAAUGGAAACAAGUAUAACUCAUUGAGAGAGCUACCUGUUUUAGAUGUCUUUGAGGUGGGAGAAACAAAGCCUAUAGGAGUCGAAUAUGUGGAUUUCAGAAACCAUCUGGUGUUUCUUGACAUUCUCUUCAUUUUGACACUGUGAAUUUGGGGAGUGAAGUAACACUCAUUGGCCUUUUUUUUUAGCAUUCUUAUUCUUGGACUCUUCUACAACCUUGGUCUCAUAUGUACUUGCUGUCUUAGUUUAAAUUUAUACCUCCAAUACUGAGUCAUGGCCACAAAACUGUUUUCCACAAGUAGCGCUCUUUUACCUGUCAUCUCAGAAGACACUAACCACUGUGAUACUGCUUGCAAUCCUCUUGCUCACCAGAUUUCCUAGCAUGGAUUCUGCUCACAAUAUUUGCUAUCCUUUGAUACCUGAAUGCAUGGUAUAAUAUAAAAGUCUGCUAGGCAGUGUGACUGCUCCUAUUAAGCACUUUUCCUUUUUCCUAGGAGUUACACUUGGUAUGUUUAAGAGAAUAUCAAACAGGAAUAUUUUCAGCUGUCCGUUAGACAUGGUUUGUCAUCCUUUCCUGGAUUUGUCAUUUUCUGUUCAUGUUAACCAAUCUGCCUUUAAAGAAUAAUUUUGAAUUGCAUUUUCUGAACUCAGAUUGAACCUUUCAAAGGCACGUCACUAAAUUGUACAGAAAGACCGACAAGCAAAGUCUCAGAUCUAGACAAAGCUACAGAAAGGGAAUGGAGUAUUCUUUUUCUCUUAGAACAUGUUCCCCUUUAGAAGAAAAGUAGUCAAAGUUUCAUGUGGAUUAUAUCCCUUUAAAAUAUGCUAAAUGUAGCAUUCUGGGCACACAAGCGCUAUUAAAUAUUUGCCAUUUCAUUGUCUCCAAGCAGGCAAGUAGUCUGUUGUUUUUUGCCUUCUUAUGUUCUUCAAUUGGCAAACGUCACUUAGCUUCUCAAAUAGUUAUUAUGAAGGAAGGGUAGAUUAUGAUCAAUCCUUUUUGGCUAAGGUUAAGGCCAAAAUACUUCUCCCCAUAGUGAUUAGUUCUGAUAUUGUUAUGCAGAAAAACAAAGGUUACUACACUGGACAAAAAUCUCCAGCAAAUAAUUUUAUCCCUGUUUGUUCAGAGAGAUGAUAGAGUCAACAGUGAAAUAGUUGUUAAUGGUGAGUAAGAUGGGACCUGACAUCUGCCCACUGUCUCUGGAAUAAUUUCUAGGGGCACUUUCCUUCACAAUUCCACUUCUCCCUAAGCCACAGCCUUUCCUUGCUUCAUUUGCACAAGUUGUAACUAGGUAUAAAUACGGCAGGUGAAGAUCUCUGUUUCUUUAGACCGCUAUACAUUCCCUCUCAUAUUUGGAGUUUGCUCUGUGACAGCAGAAAACUAAUAAUAGAUAUAGCAUUAUGAUAAGACCCUCCAUCAGUGGCUUCUGAAGCUUUUAGAAUGUCUUCCAUAGCUUGAACACAAAAAUUAUGCACUUAAUAAAUACUUGCCCCUAAUCUAUUUUGAACAGAAAAUCUCUGCCCUCCAAAACAAGCAACUUCAAAUUGGUAUGUUGCACUGACCUAGAAUUGAGUGGUGUUAGCAUACAAACGUAAGACUUUGGAAACUUGCAGGACCCUAGCAAACACAUGCUGAAGCUCUUUCUCAUUUUCUCUAAUUAUAGUAAUGAACUAGGCUGCUAAUCUUCAUGGUCUGAGGGGAAAGGGUUAAAAAGAGAACUUAAGAAACAUUUCCCAAAGCAUUUAUGAGUUUAAUAAAUAUAUCUGUGCUUUGCUUUUAUUCCCAACUUUGAUGUGCAGACUUGUAAGAAAAUUAAAAAGCAAACUAUUAUUUUCUUCAUUUGAAUAGUUUACAUCUCAGACAUCCUACAGCUCUGAGUUAAUAUCUAUAUGAGUUACUGGUGCUUAGUUUUUCUGAAAACCAGAUAAUUGGGUACACGUGCCUCUUAACAGUAAACUGUCCAAGAAACGCCAGAGUAGUUGGUCAUGAACAGAGGGCUUGUGCCGUAUGGCUAUAACUCACACAAAGCUGUAGCUAUUAACGUCUCUAUCACUGUAAUUGUAAGCUUCCCUGAGUAGUUUUACAUGAAUGAAUAGCUUAUUCCAUUUUUUUCUUAUUAUUAAUAUUGUCCCCCUUCUGUUUGCCUUC